GGCUAUACGAUCUCUUGUCUACUUUUGACUUUCAACGAGUAGCCUGGUCAUAUACGCCCCCUUGUGUGAGGCGGUAUCCUAGUCCUUGCCCUACACCGGACGAUAGGCUACCCGAUAUGCUGCCCGCUCUCAUUCUCACACAGUGCCCGGCAAUAGACGGUUCUGGACUGCUUCAUAUUCGGAAUUCUAUUCACCUUAGUAACUAAGAAGCCGACAUGGCGACCGAAAACAUGGAAAUGAAUGGCGAUGCCGACAGAGAGAACAGAGAGGAGGUGCUGCGCCCUGCUCGCUGGCGGCGGGCAGACGGGCCAAUCAACAUGAACCACUACGCCAACAAGAAGAGCGCGGCUCAGAGCAUGCUGGACGUGGCGCUGCUGAUGGCUAACGCCUCCCAGCUGAAGGCCGUCCUGGAGCAGGGCCCUGGCCCCUUCUACGUCCCCCUCGUCACCCUCAUCAGCAUCUCCCUCACGCUGCAGAUCCUGGUGGGCAUUCUGCUCAUCUUCAUCGUGAAGUGGAACCUGAACGACGAGAGCAUGCACUUCAGGUUGAACGUCCUGGAGAACAUAGCCACUGUACUCGUCUUCAUCAUCGUCAUCAUCAACGUCUUCAUCACUGCUUUUGGCGUUCAGAAUCCCAAAACGAGCGCUUGACUUCCUUCCCCCGACAGCACUUACAGGAGAGGAAACUCCUAGGAUCAUGUUUUCCACAGCUUAACACAACUCACAAGAGCUGUGUUCCCCAUGAAAAGUGAAGCGCCUCAAUCUCCAGAACAAGUUUGGGAUCAUUACGGUCAUUUCAUGCACAACUCUUCACCAGUGCCUGAACUGGUGUGUGAAUACUGCUUUAGCCUACUUUAUCAACAAUGCGGAUUCCUCUUUUUGAUACUGUAAAUAUCAGUUACAUGUGAUGGCUGUGUCGUCAAUGGGAAAACUGCCGUUUUAACCUCAGUUUAGAAACUGUGUGUUAGAGUGAGUGUGUGUGUGUGAGAGAGAGAGAGAGAGAGAGAGAGAGAGAGAGAGAGAGAGAGAGAGAGAGAGAGAGUGUGUGUGUGUGGUCCCAGCACAUGCGAGUCCUUAUAACAACAUGUCUGCACCACCAAAAUAAUGUCCAAGGCUCUGUGCUCUGUAGAGAGCAGAUGUUUUGGAGUUCCGUUAACCCAGAUGUGCUUUGCUCUGCGGGCGAUGUUUAAACCAUUUCUGCCUCCCAACUACACAUUACCCGUGUAGAUUUCAAUGCAGUAGGUGUGGAUCAAAAUGCCAGAGAACUGGUUCAAUAGCCGUGACAGGACAAGGUCAUUCUUACACCAAUCCUCUGUUUUUAAAUCUGAAUAGAAACACUGGAGGGAAAAAAAGGACUAAACGCAGUAGAUGUUGACAGGAUGUCAUUAGGAAUGAGGCCUCGUCUCAGCUUCUGAGGCCUCCACAUACUCAGGCAGUAUUACAGCACCAUCUAGUGGCCAGUAAAGGUAGUACAGUUCAGUUUGACUCCACCUACAGUAAGAGCAGACAAAUGCAUGAUGCCUUUCAUAUCUCAGAACUAUGCAAUACCGUGGAAGUUUAAUGUGUUUCUACACGAGUGGAUUUCUUCAGUUUUUUUUUUUUACACAUGCUAUAAUCAUGUCUUUAGUGUAUUUGUUGUUUUUCUAAAUCUUUUGUAAAUGAAGGACCAAAUGCUUUACGCCCAUUUUAAGUGUUAUGUUAUAGUUUUAUGCACUGCCUGAUUCUAUUCAAAAAAGAAAGUUUUAUAUAUAUGUAUAAAAAAAUACAAAGCUUG